AUGUCCCUUCAACGUACGACUUUAUGCACACCCACUGCUACAUUUAUAUGCCAAUACAUUUCUAUGGUUCAGCACAAAACCCAUGGUAUUGAAAAACCAAAACCAGAUCCAAACUUGUUUGUGGAGGAUGGUAUUUUUGGAAAGUACAAAGCAGUGUUGCAAAGUGACUUCCGGGUUGUCAAGAUGAAGGGCAUGUUGAAACCUUACAAGGAGGCUGCGGUUCUCAAGACAUUAAAAAGACAAACUCUCAAGUAUAUCAAGACAAGCAACAGCAUCAAGUUGAUAUUUCCUGACUAUUCCUACUGUCUUUGUUCACCAGAUUUCUCCAACCUCAGAUUUGUCCACUACCAAAGUGCCAAUAGCCCCAUCACCCCCUCCGAAGCGUUUUCAAUCCCUUCAUUUGGCAAGAACCUUACCCAUAUUGAAGACGGAGCUCAUUUGUUCAUGGAUCUACCACCCCAGUUGUCUCCAAUUCCAGAGUUUUAUAUGUCCACUUCACAAACGGCCUCCAGCCAGCAAGACGUUAUGGACAUUGACUUUGCUUCAGACGAGUACAGUCUGUCCACAGAAAGUGAUUCAGACUUUGUUCAAGACGUUUCCAAAUCAGUCGGAAAGUUGGCAUUGUACAAGGCUUGAACAUCGCAUACAGACUCAAAUACAAUAUAUCUGGAACAAUACACGUUGCUAUCUCUUCAU